CUAUCAUCGCAGCAUCCACACUGUCCAGUAGGUCACGCGUCACGACUUUCAGCCUCACGCCUCACAAUCGCACGACUGAGCCGCAAGCGAGGGCACACGAAUUGCCACACACGCAUACCCAACCGAAACAGCAAGCUGGGGCAAGAUGAUUAAGAUCUGGUCGAUGAAGAAGGAGGAGGAGGCGAGCAAGAAGAAGAAGCCACAAACGUCACCAGCACAAUUGCGAGUGCAAAAGGACAUUACCGAGCUUGAGCUACCAAAGACAAUGAAGACCGAGUUUCCAGAUCCAAGUGAUCUGCUUAACUUUCAGCUAACUAUAGAUCCAGACGAAGGCAUGUACAAAGGUGGCUCGUUUCGCUUCACAUUCACGAUCAACAACAACUAUCCACACGAGCCGCCAAAGGUAAAAUGCGUGCAGAAAGUCUACCACCCAAAUCUAGAUCUCGAAGGCAAUGUGUGCCUCAACAUCCUGCGUGAAGACUGGAAACCGGUGCUCAACCUGAACAGCGUCAUGGUCGGCUUGCAAUACCUGUUCCUCGAGCCGAAUGCUGACGAUCCGCUCAACAAGGAGGCGGCAGAGGAUCUCAGGCGUGACAGGAAGGCUUUCGCCACGAACGUCAAAAAGACCCUUGCGGGUGAUUCUUUCAAGGGCGUAACGUACGAUCGCGUCGUCGCAUAAGCAAGUGUAUUUGCAAAGCAGGCUUCAAUCGCGUGUCGCCACAAUCUAAAUGUACCGCUAAAUACCAUUCGCCCGAUGCAUCCAUCCCAUCCACUCCGAA